GGAAACUGGAAAACCAAUCACGUUUCCAGCGCGUUACUCACUCUCAAGGUUGUGAGCCGUCAUCUUGGUUCCUCCUGUUGGUCUAGUACUUUGCUGUAUAAAAAAACUUUGAACAUUGACGUAUUACCUUUAUUGAAAAUUCGUCUCUAUUAAUCUUCUUUUCAAGAUUUGUUUGAAGUGAAUAUCAGGCUUUCGUCAAACAAUAAACACUCGAUUCACACAAUAAAAAUGGCGUCAGGUCUUGCUAGAUCAAAGCUGAUGAAUUUUGUUUAUAGGUCCCCGUGGAACCCCGUGUCACUCAUCUAUCGUCCUGAGUGUUCCUCCGCAAAAUUUAGUCUUUCUGACUACAAGUCUUUUAAGUUAGAUUCCACACCAGCAAAUGAAACUGAAUGCAGUCGUGAUGAUGCACUUAGAUACCUCGAGAGUCUUCACCGUAUUCGUAGAAUGGAAACGGCAUUAGGUAACAUGUAUAAAGAAAAGCUUAUUCGUGGUUUCUGUCAUCUAUACUCGGGUCAGGAAGCAGUUGCAGUCGGUAUUGAAGCUGCUUUACAGCCAGGCGAUACUAUUAUCACUGCUUAUCGCUGCCACGGCUUUACAAUGACUCGCGGUGUUCCUAUCCACAAUAUAGUUGCAGAACUCGCAGGAAGGAAGACUGGAUGCACAAAAGGUUUAGGGGGCAGUAUGCAUCUUUACGCGAAAGAGUUCUAUGGCGGUAAUGGCAUCGUUGGCGCCCAAGUUCCUUUGGGUGUUGGAAUAGCAUUACGUAUGAAACAUCGUGGGGAAAAGUUUGUCUCUGUAACUCUUUAUGGAGAUGGUGCAGCUAACCAGGGACAGGUGUUUGAGGCCUUUAAUAUAGCGAAGUUAUGGAAUCUUCCUGUGAUUUUCAUUUGUGAAAACAAUAAAUAUGGUAUGGGUACAUCUGUGCAGCGCUCUUCGGCCAAUACUAGUUACUAUACUCGUGGAGAUUACAUUCCUGGAUUGUGGGUUGAUGGUAUGGAUAUACUUACUGUUAGAGAAGCCACACGUUUUGCUGCUGAUUGGUGUCGUUCUGACAAAGGACCAAUACUGUUAGAAACAGAGACUUAUCGUUACCAUGGUCAUAGUAUGAGCGACCCAGGCACUAGUUAUCGUACACGUGAAGAAGUUCAGUCGAUGAGGCGUGGACGAGAUCCUAUCGCUUUAUUCCAGAAGAGCAUUGUGGACAAUGGGCUAUGUACACAGGAUGAGGUUAAGGAGAUCGAAAAAAGGGUCCGAAUUGAAGUAGAUAAAGAAGUAGAGAAGGCGAUGAGCGACUCAGAACCACCACUAGAGACGAUGUUUGGAAAUAUUUAUCAUGGGAUACCUCCAAACUACAAGAUUCGAGGUUGCGAUCUAAAAACUUGGGGUUCACCAUUUGUCACUAAGUGGUGAGGUAGCUUCACGUUUUCUGAAUUUUGAAGAAGCUGGUCAUUAUAUACUAUCUAAUUUAUUAGUCAGGCUUUUAGUAUUUUCUAAGGUACGAAUAAUCACAAAUAUUUGAUCCUUUCAUAACAACCUGUGUACCUAUGAAUAAUUUUAUAAUUUAUAUCCUCUAAAAUACAAACUUAUACUAU